UUGCACAAAAGUAGAAUUAAGACAUCCGGGAUAAAUGACUCAGCUGAGCUCAAUGAAGCCAAAACAUGUGCGUCCAGGCUUAAUUGGUUGCACAAAGACCAAGCCAGGAUGAGCAGACACGGAUUCAUUAAGCCAGGUGAAACCAAUCCUGGAUAGGUGCGCGCUCACGGCUCACUCAAAUAGACCCCGCCACAGAUCACAGAUUAACUGAUUUACCAUGGCAACUAGAGCCGCGUACUUUUCCCCGUCGGAAGCACAAAUCCUCAUGGAGGCAUACGAGGAGGUAAAAGAUAUAAUUAAGAAGAAAGGCAACACCGCCACAGUGAUAAAGCAAAGAGAAAAAGCGUGGCAAAGUAUUGCAGACCGCCUGAAUGCAUUAAACAUGAACGGGCCAAAACGGACAUGGCAGCAGGUCAAAAUCAAAUACAAGAACAUUCUGCAGAAUGCAGUGAAAAAGAAUACCCACAGACAAGGCACGGGUGGUGGGUCACCAAAGGCUGACCUUACCCCAGCAGAGGACAUGGCCUUGGAGCUAAAUAAAGGCAGGCCCGUCUUAGAGGGGAUCCCUGGGGGGAAAGAGACGAGCAUAGGUUCCUCCCAAGAUGCCACCCGCUUCAUUCAAGUGUCUGGCAGCACUGUGUUCCUGUUAGAGCCACCAGCACAAGCACCAGACGAUGCUGAUCCAGGUGAAGGCCCCAGUGCAGCAGCAACAGCACAUGAUGGAGACGAUGAUGAGGAGGAGACCAUCUCUCUGGAUUCCAGAAGGCAUGAGGACCCAGAUGCUAUACAGUGGGAAAACCAGCCUGGCAACAUAAGCUCACAAGCUAUCAGAAAGUUGUAUGGCAACCACCUCCGGCGCCAAAUAGAACUGGCAGACAUAGACAUUCAGUACAAGAAGAAAAAGAUGGAAAAUCUUGCACUGGAGUCCGAAAUAAAAAAGAGGACAAUUAGGAAACUGGACCUUGAAAUAAAAAAACUUGAGAGGGAGGUGAGAUAUGCCUUCAAUGUACACUGUAUGCUAACUGUAACACAAAUGUAUUAAUCAUUAUUUUUCUUUCCUCCCCCAGCUCCAAGAAGAUGACACAGCUGAAAAUAAAAAUUAGGUAUAUUCUCGUAAAGUCAAGUGAGCCAUGACAUAUGAGCUCUUAUUGUGAGCACACAGGACGGUGGCAUCUUUCUAAGGUUUUUUUUAUUUUCCCAGCAAUCAGUACAACCAAGUCAUCGUUAUAAGGCAUCGCCCUCUUUUGCCCACCCCCCCAGCACCAGGUGUGGCCACUAGCCUAUAUGAAGGCCCAAAAUUGUGUGUUCCUUUCUGCUCUGACAAUGGCAUGCCCAUUCGUGCGAGAUGUGGUGGAUGAAGAAGCACUUGUGCUGAGGAGAGCCUUCAGGCGAGAAAGGGUCUUCAGGGACCGGUUGGACCCACUGGCCUUCCCUGAUGACCAUCUAUAUGAAAGAUACAGGUUUUCUGCAGAUGGCAUCAGGUAUCUAUGCAGACUACUGGGUCCCAGGAUUAAGCACCGCACUGCACGGAGCCAUGCACUGAGUGUGGAGCAAAUGGUUUGUGUGGCCUUGCGCUUUUUUGCUAGUGGAGCCUUCCUGUACUCAGUGGGGGAUGCAGAACAGCUGAACAAGGCCACAAUUUGCCGCACAAUAAGGAGUGUGUGUCUGGCUAUCAAAGCAUUAGCAGAUGUCUUCAUCUCCUUCCCUGGCCACAGAAGAC